AGAUAUACACUGAAUAAAACGUGUCAAGUUUAGAGAAUCCCAAAUAUUCUACCUAAAUAAAACAUAAAAAAUACCUAGAUGGUGACCAUACCAAAUGAAUAACCUACAUAUAUAUUAGGAAACUCUACUUCAAUAUCUAAAACUUUAUUAUUAUUUUGUAAGGGAAGAUGCUCUCCAUGACAUAUAGAAUCCUCCCAAAAGAAAAAAUAAAAUAAAAUAAAAUUAGCGUGGUACCCUCCAUGCAACUUCCAGGAAAUGUUGCCUCAACUGUUAUUUGCCAGCAACCACAAUUCUAUCCUCAUUCUCCCUCAGCUUCCUUCUCUUUUAUGUACCUUCCUUCAAUUUGCAUCUUCUUGGGCUCUUUCCACCAAAAUUUCCUCUAGAUUCUUCUCCUAUUUAUAUAUAAAUAUCCCUUUGUAUCCAUCACAAUUCAUCAUCAUCUUUUCUAUAAUUAUCUAUAUCCAUCCUAAGUCUACAUCCAAGAAUACUUUGCUUCAACAGGAUAGUAAGGAGGUUCAAUUGAAUUCCUUUCGUUGAAAAUUUUUACUGGGAUUCAAAUCCUAGUGGAGGCAUUCUUAUAUUUGUAUUUUAAAACCCCUUGUUAAAAUUCCUGACUCCACCACCUUCCAAGUUAUAAUAUCAAUGGCUAAAUUGGGGCGCGACGUCGUGUUUGAGGAUUUAUUUCCUUCAAUGGUGGAGAAACUUGGAGCUGAAGGAUUCUUGAAAGAGCUAAGCAAUGGGUUUAGAAUGCUAAUGGAUGAGAAGAGGGAAGUCAUCACAUUUGAAAGCUUGAAGAAGAAUUCAGAGUUGUUGGGAUUGAAGGACAUGAGUGAUGAUGAGGUGAUGUGCAUGUUGAGAGAAGGGGAUUUGGAUGGAGAUGGUUGCUUGAAUGAGAUGGAGUUUUGUGUACUCAUGGUUCGUUUGAGUCCUGAUUUAAUGGACAUAUCAAGAAUGUGGUUGGAGGAAACUCUUGCCAAGUUGUAGCUGGGCUUUAUUUAAUAUAUCCAUUUUGAUUCUUGUUAUAUAUCUACAAAUCUAUCUAGCUUAUCCAUAUA